AUGUCUACUCUAGAAAACUACUAUGAAAUUGUGGAACCAUACCUGGGGCACGGAAAUAAAACAGGAGACAGACAAUACUUGGCACAUAUCCUGGAAACCUGGAACCCCAACCUCGACCCAGACAACGAUAUUGGCUGGGCUCUACACUGGUCCAUCUUUCAGGGAGACGAUGCUGCUGUCCAGAUGAUGUUGGACGCUGGCGUGGACCCCAAUACGCGAGACAAGCAGGAUCCCGGCUUCACACCACUCUUGGCCGCUUCGCAGCAUGGCAAACUCGAAACGGCUCGUCUGUUUUGGGAACGCGUCGGCCCAGGUGGACGGUUCAUUCCCAAAAAGAGUGGCCGUUCCGGUCCCGACUGCCUUCAAAUUGCUGCUAGGAACAAUCACGCAGGUCUUACUACCUACUUCCUCGGCGCCUGGGACGGUUGGAAUGAUGACGAGAAGCGCAGAGCGCUACUUGAUGCGGCGUCAGCCUGGUGUGAUGACGCAGUGACAGUUCUUCUGACUCAUCCCGGCAUCAGCUACAGCCCCGAGGAUAUUCAAGAUGCCCUGGUAAGAGCGGUCGGUAAGAGGAUAAUUCUCCCCGAGCACGAAACAAAACCAGCACCAGCCACCGCAGAUGCUGUACGUCAGCAGCAGCUGGUCAGUCGCCUCGUCGACGCAGGCGGAAACCCAGACAGUGAGGACCAACGUUCCCACCAACCUCUCAUCCACGCCACAAUACUCUCACAUGAGUGCAUCGGCGGCCUCAAAGGCCUCCUGGAGAAGGGAGCAAACCCCAAUCGACCAGACUCUCACGGAAAGACCGCUCUUCACUACUUGUUUAGUCCACUUAGUCGUCAGCUCCCCGCCACUACUGCUCUUGAGCUUCUUCUCCUUCAUGGCGCGCUUCCUGAGCUCGCAGACGAAGCCGGGGAGACACCGCUUCAUGCCGCUGCGAAGACAGGAACUUACGAGCAGCUGCGACUCUGUCUUUCGCACUGCCGCGCCCCGAAAGCCGAGACCAUACAACUACGGAACUCUUACGGUGAGUCGUUAUUACACUACGCUGCGGUAGGAGGGCAGAGAACCACGGUGGAGUUCUUGUUGAACUCCGGUUUGGACGCCAACGUGGCCAGUAGCAACGGAUGGACGCCUCUCCUGUGCGCCCUAUCACCUACAGCGUUGAAGACUGCGCAUGAGAUGUGCUUGACGAACAACUUUCUACUCCAGAACGGUGCCGGUGCUGGUGUUGUGACGGACGAGGGAUGGACCGCCCUCCAUGCCAUGGGAUCUUGGCCGGCGGCGCGAGACUCGAAGAUCAGGGCCGAGGUGGCGAAUCUCGCAAAAAGGCUCAUUGAGAGCGGCGCCCCCGUCGGUGUCAAAUCGAGGGUCAUUCGGAGUCUUUCUACCACUGCAGUCACGCUGUGCAAUGUCUGGGGUUUCCGUAUGCGGGAUUUUGUGCAGAGAGCUAUCCCGUCGGCGCGGGAUUUGGGCCAAACGGAUAUGACUACGCCGCUGGCAUGGGCUCGGAGAUGCAGUUCCACGGAUGUUUUGGACGUCUUGCGGACAAGCUCAGCCUCGGCUGACGUUCCGAGUCUCUUGAAGCUUUUCGUCUUCCCCUUUGCCAUUUCAUUUCAAGCCAGCUGCCACGGUUCUCGGCCGUCACGCAAAGGGGUCUCGAGGGGUGAAGUCGUAUUGAGAUCCGUCAAUCAGGAAAUUGACGGUUUGCGUGACGACUCCCCAUGCCGGGUGACGCAUGCCGCCGCGCAGGAGCAGUCCCGCGUUAUUGGGAUCGAUAUCCUGGUUCCCACCGAUGUUGACCGUGGCGCCACCCUAGGAGGUCAGGUUCAACCCCCGCGUGGCGAGAUAGCCAUCAUCAAACAACAUCCCGCUCCACCGCUGGAACCUCUCGAAGAAGGUCUGGUCGGCCGGCAACUGGUCACUCGGCAGCGUCGUCACGGCCCCAACAUACCACAGCUCCUCGUCGGGACUCCCGAACCCGUCCCGCGUCGACGCCGUGUUCUCCACGCGCCAGGCCUGGCCGGGCUACGCGUCCGUGUCGUAGCCGUGGAACACCUGCACCAACUAGAUCUCGUCACCGCAAAAGUCUUCUGUGAUACCGCAGAAGCCAGACUUGCUGCAGCAGACGUUGAGGGGGCAUGUUUCGGCCUUUCUCCAUUUGGGAUCAUCCCAUCCAGUAUUGCAAGAGCGCCAAUUCCAUCAGUCACUGCGUUCACAAAGCGACUGCUAGCUCUCUUCUACCAGAAACAAAAGGCUCUCUCUCACUUGCCCGCAAUAAUCAGGCCCGGUACCACAGACUCCGUACUUGGAACAGCAUCAAAUAGGACACAGCUGUGUGGCGCUGCAUUCGGGGGCUUGCUGAAGAGACAGCUGCAAGAGCGAGACAAAAGAAAGGAGAAGGAAAAGGAGUUUGGCCAUAAUGAAGGAGCCAAUUCAAAAAGCAAUGACAGAAGUGUCCACUUAAGACAUCUAUCGAAUGGAGAGCUCUUUGAUGCCAUAGUCAUCGGGGGCGCCGCGACGCCGCCUACCACGACGACGACCAAGCCUCCCGUCACCACCACGGCCCCCGGCAACGGUGUGGCCACGCCCCAGCCCACGCAGCCCGGAAUGGUGAACAACUGCAAGAAGUUCCACUACGUGUCCGAGGGCAACACUUGCGGCCAGAUCAUCAGCUACAACGGCAUCACCCUCGCCAACUUUGUCAAGUGGAAUUCGGGCGUGGGCGCCACCUGUCAAAACAUGCGGGCCAAGACCUAUGUCUGCGUCAGUGUUUGA